AUGAAGUUGUCUUUGGACAGUAUGGGCAUCCUGAAGAUCAUGCUGUUCUUCUUUGAGGCUGUUUUGCUGACUGACUGUGCGCGAGGUGAGAGCUGCUUUAUAAACCUUCUUUCUUUCCUGCUAAUAUUGCACAUUUUAUGCCUGGAGGUAGCCCCAGUUUCACAGCUCAUUAUAACUCGAGUUGACUGGUUGGUUUCUUGUGAGCAUGAAGAAAGUCUCAGUUGGCUCUUAGCAUUUUUUUCACACUGAGAACUAAAAGACGGAAAACUGAGAACUAAAAAAAUCUCUAAACAGGGCCCAAGAUCAACACGGGGCAGGGGAAUGAGAGAGGGCAAGCCAACCCCUUACCCCAAGUUUGUGUGUGUUCCAGUCAUGGCGGUGUAUGUAAGUGAGUGUGUUUGUUUGUGCUCACAUUCACUAUAGCUAAACCAAACAAACAUCAUCCAUCAGCUUCUCAGGGUGAAAGAAGUCAAGUCAGUGUAAAAGUCUAGCUCUCCUGCGGCUGCUUUAAGGACUGCCUCACACCAGUAUGUGCGCAUGUAUGUGCAAUCAUGUCCAAAAAAAGUGAGUGGAGAGUGGAAGCCCUCAGUCUGCCCACAGCUCAGUACACUGUUUGUUGAGCUAGCAUCAAUACUUGUCUUCCCGGAGACAACUUACUGUAAGCUUGUCAACAGGUUGUGAAAAACUGACGAGGCAAUUUCAGUGAUUUCAUCCGCCAUCACUGACUGUUGAAGCGUGUCUGAUGCAAUCCAGGGCCAUGAGUCAAAGACCGAGGCAAAACUUGAAACUUACACUCUGGGUUUAAUGAGACAAAUCUGAAAGCCAGACACAUUUCCCCUGAAGACCUCGCGCUGGCAAAACAAGUGGGUCUCUCUUUAUGCUCCAGCUCAGCAUGGAAGUGAAUUCAAGAGGCGUCUGAUAGGUACAAUACCUGCAUGCGGCUAUCAGGGCUGGAGGUAGAGGGGGCAGGAGGGGGCUGGCGGCGGUUUUAGAGGGUGAGAUUAGAUCUGUAGGUCUCCAGACAAUGCCUCAUUCACAGUGAGAUGGCUGGGCCUUCACGGCACAACUAAAGCAAAAGUAAACAAGAUGUAGAGGCUAAAUAAGAUUAGAUGGGCAAUUUUGUGUGUUUAUAGAUUAACAGAUGUCAGACUAGGAGAACCAAGAUGGAAAUCCAUUGUGAUGAUGGAGAGCUGAGGUCUGAAUUGACUUAACAUCUGACAAAAAGGCGAAUUCACAAUCUGCAUUUCCUUAUUUUUCCGAUAGCUGCUUAAGCUGCGCAAAGAUAUGGAAAUAUGUUGUUGGCAGGCAGUCUGAGUGAGAUGAUUUUAAAUGGUAUUUGACAAUCUGUGAAGUGUGAAUAUUGCAUAUGUCUUCCAGUGGAAGUGCGAUACAGUGAGCUCCGUGUUACACUCCUGAUGCAACAUCUUGACUCUGACAUCUUGUGAAAUACAGUCAAGGGGUUUUGAGUAGGAGCGUGUGCUUUAAUGGUGUAGCCAAGGCCAGAAAAGCUGUAAAACUGUCCCAGUAAAAUUUAACAAUGUACGAUGACAUCUUUGAUAAAUGUAAAUUAAAUUAUAAAGGACAGGCUUUGUCUGACUGAGUGUGAAACCAUAUACAACAACCAGCAAGUGUUAUUUUUUGUCAAACAAUGCGCUCUAGAAAACAGUAGGUUUGGGUGAACGGUUGGAAGCCUGUUGCUGUCAGUCAUGAAGCGUCAUACGACCCUGGACCCCUUGCCCCUGUGCCACACACACCCUCAGAUACACAAAAACACCCUCAUAGGCACAGAUGGACCCCCUUCCCACCCUCCCACCUCCUUUCUGCUGCUGCUUCUCCUCUUUGCGACUGGCCAAGCAAGAAUUAUUUCCUAAGACCCCCCCGAGGAACCCCCCCUGCACUUCCUCCAUGUAAGCCCCCCUCCCCAUCCUUCCCUUCUCCCUCUGGUGCUCCGCCACCCCCAGCAGCUGGAGGAGGUGCUCACUGAUGUGUCCCAGCAGAGCCUCUAAUGUGGUGACAGGCCCGGGGACCACUGGGCUCCACUAACAGAGGAAUGCAGCCGCCAGGACAUAUGGAUCUGCAGAAAUGCACCCUGGGAGUAACAGAGAGGCACCAGGUGUCUCCGUUAUGCACCCAGGCUUAGCUAACAGUGAACACACUCAUAUACACACGCCAUACUGAGCAGUACACUUUAGAUGCAUUGUAAUUAGAAACAGGCAUCAUAUAUAGUUCCGUUGCUUGUGCGUGUAUGCGCUUGAUGUAUUGUGCUUUAUUCAGGUUUUUUUGUUGUUGUUGUUGUUUUUUUAUGACUUCACAGACAAGUUUACUUCUCCUCUGAGACCAUGAAGUUUAGAGCAUGCAAAACUGCUUUGUGACCCUUUUGGAAACUAUACAUUUUAUAGCGGAGUUACAUCACGGUUUCAUAACAAGAAGGUACUAUGAGAUGGUUUGUAUGCCAAAGGCUUUUAAAAAUCACAAGGCUAUUUGGCUUCCAGACAGUUUUCCAUUUCCUCUAACCAUAAUGAGGCUAGUUUCUCAGUAACCAAAUGCCCCAAAGUCCUCUUAUUUUUUAAAUAGCUCCUGAAUAGUAAGAAGGUGUAACAGUGGUGGUGGGCCAAGCUGGGGAGACUUGAGAAGAGAAAAGAGGAGAGAAUUGUGCUGAAAGCUGCUGUGUUGCAUGUUUUUUUUAAAACAACCCAUGUCCAAUCCCUUCUCUUAAGCUCCAUUUUGGAAUUAAAAGUAGGGCAGCUUCAUUUCAAAUUUUGUUUUUACCCCACAUAAAUCAUGGGACUCAUGAGAAGUCCAACAACUUUUGUCCUAACCAACUCCAAUCUGCGUGCCACUUGAGUUAACAUCUUGCCUAAUUAUUUGUGUUUCCUAACAAGCCAACAAGCACCCCCUGUCAUUUUCGUCACACAUGUCCAGCUUCUGUCCCUGUUUCUCUUUGCAUUUCCUCUCAUUUAUCACCAGUGUAAAGUUAAAGGAAGUGAGUUAACUUAAUGUGCUGUCGUUAAAACAAGGCAUGAGCUGACCUUUACACCCACCAGCUCUCUAUGCAGCCCCUAGGUUCUCAGUCUAGGCCCAUUUGCAGAGAACAAUAGAUGGAUUAUUAAGCACUGUGCCCCCCCCUCAGGUUGGACAGGGUAGCAGUGAUUAAUGUUAAACACUCCUCCUCCCUGUAGACCUGACUUAUUUACCUUCUAUUAAAAGCCACAGUGGACGGGGGACUUUUUAUACUAAGGUGCUGCCAUUUAGAGUUGCGUGAGAAGGAGUUACGAGAGUGAAUGAGCAUCGGUUUCGUGCGUCUGAAUAUAUGCAUGUGUUUUAUUAAGCAGGCUGAAAUUACCCUGAGAAAAGUCAUGAUAAUGAGACAUCCAAGGAGCACAGAGCAAUUUGGAAAACCUCAGAGGUGCACCAACAACUAUUCCCGCUCUACCUUCUUCUCCUCUUAGCCAGGUGGAAAUAAUAUUCCCCACCACCAUUUCGUCUCUAUCACAGAAAUAAUAUUGGCAGCGCUAUAACAAGCUAUGGUCCUUGUCUUUCAGCGCACACUGCUGACCCUGUGAGCUUCGAAGGAAACACUCGGAGGGAGGAAUGUGUUAGACUUCACCCCUCCACGGGGAAAGAAAGGAAGGGGCUGUAGCUGUGAUAAGUAGUCAUAAUGGAGGUCAGUUGGUGUUUACUUUAGCGGGGUCAUAUAAUCCCCGUGAGCAACACGUCCCUCAUUGACUGACUUUAAUGGCCACUUCAAUUAGCAUUCAUGUGGAAUUUCAACAAGGCAUUGUCAGCUCUCUGUAUUUUUCACUCUCAGCUGUAUGCUAAUGCUCAGAUACACAUGAAGAAAAUUUUUCUCCUUUUACUAUUUAUUUCUAAAGAAAAUUAAAUUAGCCAACACCAAGGUCUGUGUGUGUACAAAGCUCAUUAGUUUGUUUGGGCAGUUGGCUCCGGGAGUGUUUUCAGACCACACACACUCUUCCUGCUGGCUGAAUGGAUUUGGGUUCAGUUAAAUAGAAUUCUUCUUUGCUCCUGUUAACCUUCACAAACCCCAUGGAGCUGUUCACAGGGUGCACACGGAGGUGCCAGACUGUCACCAUUCUCAUGGUAAUCAACUUUUUGCCCCCUUCUUGGCCUGACUUUAAGGAUUAACCCAAUUUUUGUGUGUUGACAGCUUUUUGGUUUAAAAAAUACAGAUGAUGAUACUGUAUAUUGUUUGGACUCCUUGGUCUAGGCAGGGUAGAGGGUAAAAUAACGGCUGUGAACGAACCCCUGGGUGAGGGUCUGCCCCGCUGGAACCUUUCAAGUGACCUUACAAUAACACUUCAUCUCCACAGUGGGAAGUGUUUGUCUUGUUUGUCAGCCCAUCUCUCUAAGGCUCUGUCGUUAUUUUAGUUUUGCUCUUUUUUAAGGAGCCAAAUCAUUGAGGAGACACCCCCUUCCCCCAUUUCGACCAUCCUUGUGCUCUGCAGAUGUUCACUCCGUCAUUUUACUAAUCAAAUGAUGAGGAUUCCAAUUGCUCUCCUCCUCUGACCCACAGGGAGAAGCCGGUUUUGUUUUCCUGUAGAUUUGAUCUUUUAUAUUUAUGAUUUGGAGUCUGCAUCCAGCUGCAGGCAGGCCGGCGUACACUUUCUCUCCAGUUUUCCUUCCUUUCCCUCUAUCUUUCUUCAACUAAUGGCUCUUUGUGGCCCCUUUCCUUGGAGUAGAGCCACCUUGUGAAAAAAAAAACCCACAUGUACCAUGACAACCUUUUGUUGUCUCAAAAACCUGCUAUGCUAUGGUGGCCUUCAGGAUGUUGCUUGGACUGAGCAGGUUUGGACAAGCUGCAGAGUUGUCACUGUGAUGUUAGUGAAUAAAAGGUUGAUUUAGCUGCAGAAAUAUAAUCUGGAUCAUCUUCGAGGAUGUACUUGCCGCAGCCCGCUUGAAUCUGUGCCGCAUACAGACUUAUCAGAAUACCUAAUCAGGCAGCCAGGAGGUAUCCUAACAAGAUGAUAUGCUCCCUCUCUCUUUUUUUUUUGUACUGCUCUGUGCCUCAAGUAUUCCUUUGUUUAUCUUCUGUUUAUGAUUUUUGAGAAACAGAUGCAUCCGUCAGACAUCAAGACCUCCCUUUGAAAAGAAAUAUUCAAGUUGUCUCUUUCUUUCUUCCUCUUUUGUCGGGCUCUCUCUGAGGAUGACAUUAGAAACCACUUGACAAAAUCCUCACACAAGCACAUAUACACACAUACUCUGACCCUGCUUCUCUGUAGUUAAAAGGUUGAUUGAAAGUUAUGGUGGUGGCAACAGAGAUGGCUGGCUGGGCCCAAAGAAAGCCAAGCCAAGGGACGGCUGGGGUAACAAGCUCUGAAUGAGGCCUCCGCUGCCUUCCACACAGACCCCCAGACCCUCUUCCAUCCUACCCUCCUUAACCCCCCGUCUCUUUCAGUUCACCUCCGCUGAGCCUCAAUGAGACCCCACAUGGCUUUGUGGCUUUCGCAUUUCCACUUUGUUUUUCAUUAGCGAUUCUUUUCAGUGACCUCCGAAAUUCUUCAUGCAUUGUCCCCAUUGAUUGAGCUUAGAAAGAGUCUGGUUUGAGUGGUUCUAUGUCACAGUACGUCAAAGUAGGAGUUUCCUUCAGGAGCAUAUAAGCUGUCAUGACGGGAUUUGUAUGCACCCGUUUUCGUCUGCAGCAGCAGUCAGUCUUAACAGUAGAGGCAAAGAGGCCCUGAUUUUUCAUUCAGGAGACUUCUGUAAUGAAUGGAAAAAAAAAAAAAAAACAUGUCCCUGCUUUGACUUGAAGAGUUGAACAGAACAAGGGAGGAAAAAUCAUUUCAGGAGCAAAGAAUAUAAUCAGUCAUCUUUUAUAGCAGGACUACUGCUGUCCCACACUGGAACUCUGCACCAUGCAGUGAGACUGAUUUGAUUUCCUCAUGCACAGGGAUGUGCGUUUGGUCCUUGGAUCUGCCCCAGGCUGGAUGUUCUUGGAGUUUGAUUCUUGGCAGAUGUGGGCAGUGCUCCAUUCAUACAAUUAUUCUGUGUCUAGAAUGAAAACUAGCUCAGCAGAUCAUUCUUUUCCCUUUUUUUAGCCAUGUUAGUGGUACGAUCAGGAAGCAAUGGCUGCCUUUUUGCUGGAUUUGAAGUUCAUCUAAAUCUACAUCAUCCCUCAUGGUUUGCAGCCACUUAAUUAUUAAUGUUGAUGUUUAUUUAGGCUCUCAGUCAAGUGUUCCUGUACAAGUCUCGCAGGUAAAAGAAGUGUACGACUCAGUCAGGACAGUUGAUUAACAAAGACGGAGACAGCCAGACUGGUGGACAGAGAUGGAUAGAGGGCAGUGACCUUUUUACAGCUAAGUCGAAAGGUGAACUGGGAAAGCACUGAACAAAUUGUCACUGUGAAAGGGCGAGUACCACAUCGUAAUGACAAGCCCAACAGCUCCAUGAUGACAGAUUGAUUUCAGACAAUAUUCCUGGAUUGUCAAGAGGCCCCAUUGCUGUCAGUGAGAGCUUUGCCAGUUCCUCCACCCCCUCCGUCUGUCUCCCCUUGCAUCUCCCCGCUCUGUCUCGUUUCUGUCUCACUUGCCUUUCUCUUCCACUCCUUUACCAGCCGCUCCCUCCCUCCUACUCUUGCCUGAAUCAACCCAUUCUGCCCAAAUGCUCCUGCUACAUCGUAGUCUGUCAUUGGGCCUCUCCUGAAAGAACCUUGUUGACAAAGGCGCUUGUGUAAAGCGCUUCCCAGUGUCAUGGAGAUUGUCCGAUCCUCAGCUGGUGUAAGGUUCCUGGAGACAGAGAAACGAGGGGCACUCAGUGCCAGCGCUGGCCAUCAUCAUCAGCAUCACACAGCUGUAGUAACCGCACACACACACACACACUCACACACACACACCCUGGACUGCGAGUGACAACAUGUCUGGCUCAGAUUGGUCUUGUUUACAGCUUCUCUGCCCAUCAGUCGAACAUCUUACCAACACAGAGUGACGUUGCCAUGACUUAAUGAGACAUCUGCAUCUCAUUCAGCACCUUCAGACUGGACUCUGAUGAAGAAAUCUGAACACAAUGAACCAAACACAGGUUGGAUAGUUGCUUUUUUUUCCCACAGUGGAAUGCAGGAAGGUUGGAGGAGGAGGCAUAGGCAGGGAGUGCCAGGAUGCAACUCUCUGAUGGAGGCUGUGAAACAACAUAAACGGAGUUCUUGUUAUGGGGAGCAAAUGACACAGACGCACAGUGUUUGUUAUUUAGCAAGUACGCUGUGGAGCAGAGUUGCAGUGUAUCUGUGUCUGAAAUAUGCAGUAUAUACAAUAGAGGGCUAGUGCUUUUCUGAAGGCACCUAAAAAUGUACAAAAAACAGAUUAUUGAAAACCCUGAAGUAACUAAACCAGCACCAGAUGCUUUUGGAAAUUGAACUUUCUGAUGAACGAAGUUUUAUGACUUUGUGAACUUCCUAUACAUCUCAUCAUCUAAUAUGUCACAUUUAAGUUUUGACCUAUCAGGUUAAUGUACUCAACUUGGCCAUCAUACUACUGCUGUCUGUUGUUUCUGUAUUUGAAUCAUUUUAGGCCUUUAUUGGAGCGUUAUGAGUCCAUGGGAAAGCAAAUAUUAGAACUAUGAUUAAUCCUUUUUGGCCAGCAUCUCUUUAAGAUGAAAUAAUAUCUGCUUGUAACCUCUAGUAGCAGCGUUCAAAGUUGGACUCAGUUUGAAAUGGGGUUUUGAGCAUUUGAAUUGGUUUCCUUUGUCAUAUUGUGUAAUCUAGACACUUUUUGACAUGAGCAUACAUUAGGGCUGCCAUUUAAAAGUAGAGCAUUUGAACCAGUGUGUGUAUUUUGUUUUCAAAGUGCACCAUUGUACACAGGGCAAUGCAUGUAAGGCUUUAGACUAAUCUCCCAAAAUUAAAAAAUUAGGUCAUUUCUCUUUCUGUCACUCCCUGGCAUGACUUCGAGGACUUGAAAAAAACGUCAGCUGUGAUCAAACUCUGCUGUGUGUGCAUCUUGUAGUAAAAACGUGAGACAGAGGACUAAUUCUUGUUUUGUUUUUUUUUGUCAUUCAUUUUUAAUUCAAAACUUUGUUAAAACUUUUUCUCCUUCUUUUCAAUAAAUAUUUGCAGCAUUUGAGACCCAUUGUGGGACCUCUUUGGAGUUCCCACAGCUCACCAGCAAACAGCAGAUCAGAGAAACACUGCUCUUAAGAUUUGUGGUUUAAUGGUAAGUUACAGAGGCAGUUAAAAACUCUUGUCUGUGAAAUUUGGGCUACAGUAAAAUGACACGCAAAACCAUAUUUCAAGGACAAUAAGAAACAACACUCAGGCAGGCAGUCUAGAGCAGCCAAAUGUGUGAGCAUUCACACAAUGUCCCUGCCGGUGCCAAGUGGUCUCUCUAUCUCCAAACAUAUCAGACAGACAGUAAUAAACAGGUGCCCGCUGGUGCCCUGUUCUGUGUUGCAGUGAGAGGUCUGUUUGAGUGUGUGUCAUGUGGCUGAGGCUGAGCCCGGGCCAGGGAGUGGGGUGUGAGAUUGUUGGGAUUCCUGGUUACUGCCGCCUGGGCCCACCUAAUCCCCCUUCACUCCCCCAUGCAGCCCUCCUCGCCUUAUGAGCUGUGUGUUAAAGGAGGCCUCUCUGCCAUGUUAGCCUCUGCUCCCUGCCACUCUCUAAAUCAAGCCCCCUCUCUUUAACCCUCAGCUGGCUUCUCUCUCCUUGGCUUGAUUUUCUUUAUUUCUCUCCCCUCCUCUGACCCCUCUGUCUCUGUCUCUGUCUGUCACUCUAUCUCACCCUUUUCUCUCCCUUCUUAGCCUCCCUCCUGCUGCCUCUUCCCUGAUAAGUGGCCCUAAGCACACACUCAGCCCCUGUAUGUGCACUGGGCCUUUGCCUAAUGGAGUGAGAUAAAGCGACUUGAGUGCCACUCACUGUGUACUCUUUAUGACAGGCUCAAAUUUGCAUGAAAUGUUAUUCCUUUAAAGGAAGUUUUUCAGAUUAUGCUUUUGUUUUUCCAUUCCCUGUGAAUAUAAAACAUGUCUUUAUUUGUGUGAAGUCAACCAGUACUCACUGUGGCUCUCGAGUGUAUUUUUAUACCUUUUAGACGACGGAGGUGCUCCUAGCACACAGGGAGAGAACAAAUGUGACCUUGACUACUCAGGGAAUACUUUUCUUGCAUUAAUUCUGGGCUGUUUUGUCCAGAUAAGAAUUAAAAGUGAAACAACUAAAAUGAACAAAAGCAGAAAAAUUAAGUCUGUUUAAAGGUGACUUUAAGAAAAGGCUCUAUUUAGUGGUAGACCAGGUAAAACAUCUUAAAAAAAACCCUGCAAAAACAGUUCCACUGCUCCGUGCAUGAACUAUCCGGUACUACGUCAAAAAGGUCCCUUCAAAAACAUCAUAUGAAAGGCUUCUUUUAAUUCAAGGUAAGGUCUUUCCAUAAGGAGCCUGUACUUUUCCAGGCCAGUGGAAGUAUGAAAACGCAUCCAGUCCCUAUGGAAAAUCCAUCAACUGUGUUAAAAGGUGCUUUUCAGCCAAUUAGAUCAUCAAUGAAUAAUAGAAAGAGGCUUUUUUUUGUAGGAAACUAUUCACAGAAUAAAUAACCUACUCAGAUUCUAGUGUUUUUAUCUCAGUAUAAAUGCAGUGUGUAGGUGACAGCGUUGAGAAAAUUCCCUCUUCAGUGAGCAUGUGACAUUUUGUUUUUAAUGAGAGUGAAGUUUGUUUAAUGCUCUCCUAACAAGGAUGAUUAAAUUUUGGUAAUAAUCACACCAAAGACAGUCUGAACUCCAGGGCAGGUGGUUCACCUCUCUAUAAAAAAUAAGAAUGAUCAUCGACCUUGUAGACAAGGAUACAAAUUGAAAAGUUGAAGUGAUUUAUACUGGAGGAUCCUGGAUUUGUUGUGUACUGCGGAGAGAGACUGGUAGUCAGGAGUCUACAAAAACACACAGACUUGCGCACACACACACACACUCACACACAGGCACAGGGUCUUUUUCUCCAACAGGGGCAGCUGGGGCCGAGAGAAAGCAGUCAAGUAUAUGAAAUAUAGCAGCUUAGAGUUCAAAGGCUCCACAGUAGGGCCCGCUAAGCGUUAGCCACGUGAUGGAGAUGUUUCCAGAAGCUCUAUGAUGCUGGAGUAAUUUCUCUAUUUCUUUCCUGUUCUUUUGAUGAGGGGGUCUGCAGGAGCCCGCUGCUCUGGAGCCAUUAGUGGAGGAAGCAGAUGCAGAUUUACAGCUAACAAGCAGUGGCCAUCUUGCUCCAGCGAUUGUGCCUUAACCAGACAAAUCGACUGGAGCAUCUUAUUCUCUUUACCCCUUUCUUCUUAUUCCACCCCCUCCUGCUGUUUCUCUCGUCCCUCAUGUCACCCAAUAGCUCCUCCUGCACCAUUCCCACCACCAAAGCAGUUGCUAUUCAGCCCACAUCAGAUGGUGCUGAAGAAAGAGCCAUUGUCCCUGCUGGUUUUACCCGGCUCUUAUCUAUUGAUUGGAAAGCCGAGAGGAGAAAAUAACAGGUAUUGAUUACCAAACUGGGUGAAGUCGCUGGGCAGGACGUCUGGAAGGGUAAGAAAAGACGGCAUUCUUCACCCCCGGCUGCCCCUCUGCUGUCAGAACAGCCUCUGCCGCCACUCCACCUAUCCCGUCCAAUUUCACCCCCUCCCCUCACCUCCUUUUUUUUGAAUCGCCAAGGUUGCUUUUCCGCCUUUUUUCCCCUUACUGUUUUAUGCCGAUUUUUAUCUCUGCCUGUGAAAUGUAUAGCUGAGCAGGCUCUGAACAGAAGCCCCGGCUUUUCACACACCCCCUCGGCUGUGGUGUCUACCUCACCUUUUUCUUCCAGCCAAUCCCUCCAUUCUCAAUAAAAAUCACUGGCUCUGGGUUUGGUUUUUUUAGCUUUCUCACAUUUGCAUUUUCUUUUCUUGCUUUUGAACUUACUUCUUCUCCAACGAUUAUGCUGACUUUUGUUAUAGAAGUUCUUCUGAGGUUUUAAGAGAUGCACGUUAGAAUAUAUCACUGGAAGCACAGGCUCCAUCAAAUUUUAUCUGUUAGGUUUAGGGUCUGUCUACUCCUGCACGGUCUGCUGAGCUAACACAGUGCUGCUGAGUAGGAGGAGGAAUACUCCUGCUCCUAUCUGUCUCUCUUCCUUUUAUCCUUUAUGUAAAUACUGUAUAUUGAAGACACAGAGAUCAGUGUUUAUCCAAGUAAUGAAUCACUGUCAGCGUCUGUCAGUGUGCAAAAGGCCUUUUAUGCAAGAGAGAUUCUCGCAUUUGGCUGGAGAUUAAAGACCAAAUCCAGCAUAUCAGAAAAUGUGUACAGGGCUGUUUGAAUACCUGUAUCCUAUAUUGGGCAGGCGGUAUUGCGUGCAUAAUCAGGUUGCCCCUUUUUGCAGUUGGUUAAGAUCCAGGUGUUCGCUAUUGGAGCAGCUGUCAGCAGCCCAACCCUUUAUUGACUUGAAAUGACUUUGAAAGACCAAAGCACUUUAUUUGGGAGAAGAAAUGCAUGUUCACAUCAUUAUAAAUCCACAGGUGUUUUGUAAAAAAGAAAAUAAACAUGCGGAGAGGUAUCAACACAUCUGAACAUUGCUCAAGUCUGGCAAGCUUUGUAGUGAGUAAUGAGAUUUUUCUGUGCUUCUCUCUCUACACACCAUAUUUCCCUCUGUGGACGCCUGCACCUCAGAUCAGCAGCUCAUUAACUGGCUCACAAGGUUUUCUUAAAUUUGGCUUUAUUUAGACUGAAUCGCAAGAAUGCCCCUCACUGAAUGUGCCCUUUUCUCUUAAAAUAAUCCAUCACCAAAUUGAGCAAAGAAAAACAGAGCUAAUUCUGAGAGUCGCCAGACCUCCUCCUCCUCUUCCUGAGCAAUGAAAGAUUCCAUUCACAGACGGGGCUCAGCUAUAAUAAGGAGCGCCGUACCAACACUCUGAGACAGGGGAAGCCCAUAUGGUCAUGUGUAUCAAUUUCCAUUUACAGAGCAGCUAACAAUUCUAACAAUUUGAGUAAACACUCUGUAACACUCAGCAGUUUGUCGUGAAUCUGGCAGACUCUUGUUCGUCUCAGGAUCUGUCAACAGUUUAAAGCUGAAGCUGAAACAGCGAAGUGCAGUUCAGCUACAUUUUAUCUCGGACAUGAACCAUGUAUCUCACAGUCAAGCAGAUAAGGCCAUCUUUUCUCAAAAUGAGUGAGCUGUGAGUUUGUUUCAUAGCUUUCAACUUCAAGGUUAAGAGAACCUGCCCUUGAGAGGGGGGAGGCAGAGGAGGAGGAGAGUCCCUGCUGAAGAAAGGAUGGUGGUCAUGCAAACAGCACAAAUACUUAUUAAGUAACUCAGACGAUGUCCUUGAUUUCAGCACCUCCUCACGGCUUGUUUUUCAAAAGAACUUCAAAGAGUUUUUUUAAGAGCGGAGGUGAAGGGAGGAAAUCGUUUGUAGCACAUUCCUUGCACUUGAAGCACCAGCCAAAGCUUUUUUAUUUCAUUUUAUCAAGCCAAACAGCUCAAGAGUCACCUUCAAUAAAGCUCAAGAUCACAUGGACUUUGAUAGCAACUGAAGGACCAGUUAUCAAAUCUCUUUCAAAUUAGGUUUUGUGUAUCAAACAGACAAGAUACAAACCUUUUCAUCAGAGACGUAAGAGCUUUGGUUAACUUAAGACAGUGCAGGAGGAACUAUGUGCGGUUUUAGAGGCUGCUUUUUUUCUGUUAAGAGUUUCUGAUUAACACUUGUUGUGGCGCUAUAUAUAAAUAAAGAUGGAUUGAUUGAUUGAUUGAUUGUUUUUUUUUUAUGUUGCGUCAAAAAUGUGACAUAAAGGUGAAGCGUAUUGCUUGUAAUUCUGACAGGGAACACUGGGUGGAGCCUUGGCUUGAUGUGUAUGAAGCCAAGGCUUCAGGUAAAUGCAACCAGGUGUGUAAAAAGAAGCUUCCUAGUUUUUCGACUGUGGCUUUUUUUCAGCUUAGUAAUUUGUCUCCCCACACUCCUGUUGUUUCCGUGCGUCUUAGCUUCUCCUGAUGAGGAAUUAAGAUAUGCAAGGAUGACAAAUGAGCAUCGGGAAGGUCUAUUCCCUCUUCUCCAGGGUCAGUCUGAAGUGUCAGGUACUGAUGAUGAGCUGCACAGCUGUCUCAUAUGUAAAACCAACAGGUACAAACACGAAUUUCAAAACUAAAUUUACAUGUAGGUGGAUACCUUAUGUCUCACUAAGACACACUGGGACACUGAGAUAAAUGAAUUGUAAAAGAAAACUGAUUAUUAAACGUAUUACUGUGGUUUUUAACUUAAAUCAUUGUAAUCAGCACAAUAAAACAACAGAUUUGUGUGAGGUUAUGAUCAUUCUAUUGUUAAAAACAAAACAGAAAAACUGCUGCUAUAUACCUCUACAUUUUGUGAUUAAAAUAUUGACUGUAACCAAUGAGAGGGGCGGAGGUGUGGUAAGCUGCAUGUGAUACCAGUUAUCUCAUUUUAAUUACCGUUGAGCUUUUCUGCACCUUCACCGUAAAAUAAUUUAGUUGUAAUUUGAAAAGCUAAGUUUGAAAGGAUCCCUGACCAGAGGGCUAGAUAAUCUGGUUUGAUAGGCAUUGAAUCUCUGCAAGCAACACUUAAAGGUUAAGCAGUACAACAUUGUGUAUUUUAUAAAUGGAAAAGAGCGCUCAGACAUUCCUCUGUCUCUUUUUAUUUACCGGGAAGACUGUAACUCUGAAGAAAAUACCCUUCUUGCUUUUCAAAAUAUUUCCUACAAAGACCUUACCUGUGCAAACUUGAUGUGUUUGGACACUUCACUGAAGUUUAACCUUUGCCAUGAAUGAACUUGUUUUUGUUUGUCAGUUCGCUAUUAUUUCAAGAGAGACUCGUGGCUGACUAGUUUUUAGGACCUUGUAUCAGAAGAAACAACUGAGGCCUGUUUGUUUCAGAUUUGGCAGAAAUGUAUUGAUGUAUUUACAAGGUGGUUUUAGGCUAUUUGAAUCAACUCAGUUCAUGUGAGCUCCAGCUGAAGCAAGCCAACGCUGUGACCUGUUUGUGGUCCUCAUGCAGAGUAAGAAACCGAACAGUGAACUCCUCUGUUCUGCCUUCCUGGUAGGAAGGGAGUGAGAUAUGGGCCAGCUGACAACAGCCAAAAAAUCUGUGGUUGCGCUUUCUCCACAGACAUAAACAACGACACUUACAAUUUCCUGUGCAUGCUCUGGACCAGGAAAGGCUGUCCACAGGGAGGAAGGAAAACUCUCAGAAUGUCUGUAUGUCCAUGAAGGAGGUUUUUGUUGGUUUUUCACUUUUUCUCUUUUAAAUAGGAGCAAAUUCAGUUUUUUGGCAUUAAGGGUCAGUGACCCAGCAGUCCAGAUGUUGUACCUGUUGCAGCUGAGAUACAUCUGUUGGCAGUAUGAUGGAUAAAACAGCCAGAUGGAGUUACCUGCGCCACCUCCCCCUGAUUGCAGCCCCACUAGUCUAAUGAACUUUUUGUUUACCAUAUGUGUGAAAUGCACCAAAGGAAUGUGACUCUGUGUGUGUGUUUGAGCGUGUGUGUAUGCAUUAGGAGAGGCCAUGUGUACUUACCCUCCCCAUUGUUUUUACUGCUACCAGACCAGCCAUUUGUUCUGAGGCUCAGUUAGCGCUCUGUGUACUUUGGAGGGCUGUUGCAGCUAUAGGACUUGGUUGCAUUUCCUCCCCCCUCUCUCUGCCUCCCCAUCUCCUGUUUCUCCUCAUCGUCUCGUAUGCUCAGUGAUUCGGGGUUUUGUCAACCUUUUAGUCUGGGGGGGGGGGGAGUUUGAACGCCUGGUGCUGUGCAAGCAGCAGCAGCACAGACCUCCUAACACCAUCACAGGGUGUUUCGGCCCGCUCCACUUCACCAGAUCUGAGGGAGCAGACCUGAGCCAAUUAAGACCAGGGAGAGCAGGCUGCUGUCCGUCUCACCGCGGCCCGCCCCCCUCAUCGCUUUGAUCUCUUGCACGCUACUCAAAACCAGAGCCAGAACACUUUACCCUCUCUGAGCAGGAGGCAGCAAACGACAGGGCCUGUCCAAUUAUUACAAUCUGGUUUAGACAUUUCUGGGUAAUCAGACAAAAAGAUGACAAAUUACCUCUAUCUCACUCCAUCUGCCCACAUCUGAGGUGUUUUUAAAGCUGUCUGUGGAGCUGCUUUUCAUCUGCAAAAUUGGGUUUUACACAUUUUGAUUUGGUGAUUUCAGUUCCCCAUUUUUAAGUGAAGCUGUCUGCUCUGCCGAUCAAAAGAAGGUUUUUGCAAGUUCAAUAGAUUAAUUAAUGCAUCAAAACUGCUGCAUUAUCCAUGGAUGUCAGGGACGCCCCUCACUGACUUCAGAACUCAAACGUGCUUAUGAUUUCUUUCUGGCCAUCUUGAUUAAUUCUGUUAGAUUCACAAGAUACUUUCUUGGUUGUGAUAUUGGAAUACAAGCACCCUGUUGUUUUAGUCCUUAGUAAGGGUGGAGGAGGGCAUCUGUUUGAUUUGACCAGCUCAUCCAAAAGUGUUGUUGUCAUCAGUGAAGGCUCUAGUUUAUUUGGGUGCAAAUCAGCUGUUUCUGACCAGGGCUCAGGACUGACAGUCAGGAGACAAAAAAUCGAUUCAGGAUUUAUUCCUAACUCACAUAUGCACCAGUCAAUAAAUGUCUAUAGGAUGCAUUUACUGGCAUCUGGUUGUCCAGAUGCUAUGAAAACAUACACAAUAUAGAUUUCCAUUUCUUUCAGUGAUAUUAUAAACUAUUCAUCUGUGUCACAUUUUUAAUUUCUAAAUUCUCUCCUGAAUCUUAAACUCCAAUAACACAUUAAAUUAUCAUCACAUCACAGUUCUCUAAAGUUGGUUUCAUGACUCUGACCAUUUUCGUGUUUUUGUGUCCUCAGGACCUCCACGGGUGUCAGAGAAAGUUGCCCACAGACAGACAGCCCGGCUAGGUAGCGCCAUUAAGCUACCCUGUCCAGUGGAAGGAGACCCCCCACCUCUCGUUAUGUGGACCAAAGAUGGGCGUAACAUCCACAGUGGAUGGAUCCGCUUCCGAAUCCUCCGUAUGGGCCUGAAGAUCAAGGAGGUGGAGGCAGAGGACACUGGGACCUACAUCUGCAAAGCCACCAAUGGCUUUGGUAGUGUUAACAUUAACUACACCCUCAUCGUCAUCGGUGAGUGUGUUUUAUGGAGCUGUUUUGUUUCUCGUGUUUGUUCAGCGUGUCCUUCAUUGACAAAUUAAUUUACCAAGUAACCUGUCAGAUACCUAAAGUCAGAGACCAUGGCAUUGUUCCCCGCCGCAGAGCGCAUCAUUUUUAGCUGUUGUGGUGUUUAGAAGCUGUACUUGUAAUGCUUUCCUUAUUUCAGAGAUCUCAGCCAAGUUCAAAUGUUAAAAGACGGCAUCAGUCACAGGGGUCAAGGUCUAAAACAAGUGGAUUUAUGGAGGUUUAGUGGUUGAUCCUCUCAUCUAUUGUAUUUGUUACAGCCCCUACCUCUCCCUGCCCAAAGUCAACAACAGCACGGGAUAUUGUUUCAUACCACUUCAUCCUCUGUUACUCAAUUGGAUCUCAAGCUCUUCCUUUCCUAAGGCUACAUUCUGUGGAGGCAGGAGGUCUGCAGCUCCACAAUAAGAACCACAUCCAGUGUAAUAGUGCUGGUUUGUCUUCUGACUCUCACAUAGCUCUUGAAUGGGGCCUUGAGGAUUAGGCACCAUCUGACUUAGUGUGUUACGGGUUUGUGCAUGUGCAUACAGUGCAUUUCCUCUGUACUGGAGCAGAGCAUGAUGAAUGAGUGGAGUGGAGCGUGAAGGCUGUGUUUAGUCUAAUUACUCUAAGAUGCCUAAUUAGGGCCAGAGUCUGCGAGCUCUCUAUCGCUCUCUCUAAUAGAGCUGCAGCCUGGUCUUAUGACAGCGAGUCAUAAUCAGCCAGAUGUGGAAAAUACAGAGGAGUGAAGGAAAUGCUGCUUUUUGUGGUAAAUAAUACUCGUGAGUUAAAAAUAGGCUUAAGCUUAUUUUAAAUUUCCUUCUCAAUGUGACACUUAGAGUGAGUUAAAAAAGGCAGCUGUAAUAAAACAUGGAUGUCUGUGUCUGCAGUGCACUUGGGGCCAUCCUGAGUUUUAAAUACAGCUCCAGCUCUCCGUGGAUCAUUCAUUCGAUGGAUGACAAUCAUGUUGCUCUAAGCUUGUUUCAUGGCUCUGCUGAAUAGAUGCUGUCUGAAUCUUUGACCCAGUUUGGAGUGAUGAAGCCAAUUAAUAUGCAACUUUUUAGAUUCAGAUGGAAACAGCUUGAUUGGUGUUUAUUAAUUUCUUUUUUACCAUUAUUAUUACUAUAAAAAUCUUUCAAUAGUAUUUCUAAACAGCAGCACUAAGCAACUGGAGAAAAGACAUUUGAAUCUCACCAAAUAGCCAACAAUAAAAAUGCGAUAAUCCUCAUGCAAAAAUGAAAAAUGACAGACCAAGCCAGCCUUGAAAUGUAUUAAAAUCAGUUUCUUUCUAUAUGGCUGUUACAAUACUCAGAAGUGUUUAUUUCAGGUAGGGCUGGGCGAUAUGGCCUCAAAUUAAUGUCACAAUAUAUUGAGCAGAUCACCUCGAUAACGAUAAAUGGAUGACAACUGCUCCGCAAGCUGCUCACCGCUCCAGCCGCUACAACUUUUGAACCAUCCUCCAUCUCCUCAGCUGUCUGUCCCUCUUUGUUACGGAUUGGAUGGGGUGGAGGGACACCCCAUCAAAUAAAUAAGUGCCUUAAAGGGACAUGAAACCAUAGCCUACCUACACACAUCCAAAACCAACCUGUAUUUAUUUAUUUUUUUGACAUUGAAUAUACCGAUAUGGGCAAAAUGACGUUGGUUAUUGUUGUAAACUUUGGUAUCGGUAGAUCUUUUGUUUCUCACCCAGCCCUAAUUUCAGGUACUCUGACUUUCUUCAACCUGUUAAGGUGGUUGUUAUUGUUUAGGCGCUGAAAUACAAAAAAAAAGGCAGCUUAAAUUUCCCUGAAGAUGGGGAACAGCUUAUUUUUUCGGAAUCAAGCAUGUCUCUGCAGCCAAAUGCACUAAACAAUUCUUGGAUUCAUUUUCUGAUUUGAAUAUCAGUUUUAAAUCUGGGAGGGACUGAAUGAUGGUUUUGAUAAAUCUAACCCAAUUCAACCAUACACUGGCACACAGCCAAGUGAUACACAACGAGGGAAUUAACCAGAGUGAUAGAUAAGGACUUUCUCCCUGCGGUGUGUUUGUGUGAGAGAUUGUCUGCUUUGGCUUCUGCUGCAGCACAGCUGAGUCAAUGAAAACAUGUUUUUGUGAUCGAUCUGGCAGGGAUCAGUUCAACCUGACUACAUGUGUUGCUCCACUCCCACUCUGUGAUUUCAUUUGGAGAAAAAAAAAAUUGAAGGUUGAUUUUAAGUCUGCCUUAGUGGCAUAUUUUCAUGAUGAGGGGAAUUUAGUCUUUUAUGGACAUACACAGAGACUGUCUGGGUGACUCCUAAUCCUGAUCUGGUUUGCUUGACUAUCUAAAUGUCCUCUAUCAGGUACUCAACAAGUCCCCCCACACUCCAUUUUCUCCUUUCUCUUGUUCUAUCCCAUUAGGCACCAGUGUUUGUUUUUAUAGAUAAUUGUUCCAUCGAAGUUGCGUUGCAUUCUAUGUUUUUCUUUUUUUACCACAAAGAUUAGGGGGCCUCAUCGUCAAAAUGCUUUCAGGGUUGCAGCCAGCUUAAUGCAGCCAAAUAGCCCUCAAUUAUCAUGAGCAACACUUUCCAUUAACAGUGAAUAACUUAAUUGUCAGCCAUUUUAAUUUAGCUGUGUGCAGUUAACUGUGGUGACCCGCUGGGAGGCCUAUUAUGUGUCUGACAAAGAUCAGAGGAGUGCACUUAUUUAUUUGAAAUACUGUAAAUGAGGGGUAACUCUAAGCAUAGCUCCGCAUACAGUGACAGUUUAUUAUUUUUACUUGAUCACAGAGAGAAAAAAAAUUCAGAGAAGCAACUGAAGUCACUUCUGCUGCCGGUCAGAGGAGAGAAGUUGACAAAACCCUGGCAGCUGUUCAAGUCCGAGGCAGAACGCAUAGCACAACAUUUUAAACAUCGCCUGGGACCCUGCAGAACAGCCAAGCAGACAGAGAGUAAGAUAAAGAGACAGAGACAGCGAAGACAUGGGGCGAGAUAGGAGGUGAGAGAGUGAGGGGUUCUGGAGGGUGAUGUAAGGAAGAGAGAGGGGUUUGACUGUAGCUGGAGAGAUUUCCUCCUCCCAUCUGCCAAUGGAUAGCUUGUCCUCCCUUGAGCUAUCUGAAGAAUCUGGUCAGUCAGUGCAACAUGGCGCCUCCUCAAUCCCUCCAGCUGGCUGUUUGGGCCCUGUUUGGGGUGGUCUCCUGACAACUGGUCCGACCCCCUCCUAGCACCGCCACCAGGAUACACUGGUGCGCACAGAAACAUCUUCAGCUGCAUAUUAACAUUAACAUGGGAUUGUCAUGUUAGCAUCUACGCGAGUGGAUUAUAAUGUUUAUGUCAGCUUGUUGUUACUACAAGGAGAUGUUGGCUGAGGCAGCACAGAUCUUGUCAGGACAGCUGUAAGAUAAACUGCCCCGUGUGUGACAUGUGGUAGCUGUUUGGAGAUUUUCAGAGUGUGAUGUGAGGCCACUGAGCACAACUUUCCCUGGACAUUACAAUGUCUCCAUCAACAUCUGGAGCACAUUGUAACCUCAAAUCAUCAGGCCUUUUCCUGUGAUUCAGCUGGUACAAGGGGCCGGCAGAGUGAGGGUGCACUGACCUUCUUCCUGUGGUGAGAUUUGUGAAUGGAGUGGGAGCGGAUGGCGUCAGACCUUACGCACUGUAUCUAGACCGUGAAUAGAUUUGAAGUUGCCUGGAAGAGGUCUGAUUGCAUUUUAGAGAACUUACUUUCAUAUGCACUUGCAUGCAGUUGAGUCGUGACUCUUUUUGAUUGAACUUAGGUUUGCAAAACAAACCUUUGAUUUCAUACAGCGCAGAAAGUUUAAGGACUUUUGUUUGAUCCCUGAUUGCAUAAUAAGUAACAGCUUUACUUACUUAAGAACAAGCCCAUCAGUCACCCCUCAUUUAUUGAUUGUUUCUGAUUUACAGUUUCCAAAAAUAACAAUCAUCCGGCUGCAGUAAGUCUGCAGUCAUGUAAGCCAACAUUGUGUAAAGACAAUAGUGCCAAGGGAUAACUUUAACAGGACAGACGUAUGAAGGGCACCAUUGUUCCCGAGAAACGCCGAGGAGUAAAGAGGAAAUAGAUUCAGGAAAAAAAAAACUCAAAAAGAAAACCCCGGCAGUGUGGGAGCAUGUUCUGUUUGGAUUGGGAGGUUCAGGAACCGGGAGGAAUGUGGAGAGCCCAAGUGAGCAACAGAGAAAUAUUUCUUCCAGAGGAGGCUGUUUUUUAAAGGAAUGGGUUAUUAUAGUUGGCCAGUUAAACCCCUUCAAAUAGCCAUGACAUCAUGGCUGGGCUCAGAGCUGCAGGGGACAAACAAAGGAGGGUUUGUACCCAGAGAACCCUGGAGAGCUUUGAGGGUUUUCGGGGGGACUCGGAGGGAGGCAGAACAAGAGGGUUAGAAGUCACAUCUGGUCUCUUUACCUGACCCAAUCAAACCCUGCGAGAGAAUCAAGUGUGCCAAACUGCAUCUUGAAAAAUCUAACUUGAGGCUAUACUGAACUGGAAAUCAAACAAAGGUACAAAAGGUACAGAGCUGGCUGCCAGUUCUGGAAACAGACUUUUGGGACAAAAGGUUGACUAGGCUUUUACAUUUGGAAAUGAAGUCUUUUUUUCUCUUCAGAUACAGCUGAUAAGUUUGUCAGGAAUAUCUCAUAUGAAGUGACACCUCACUAGUUUAUGUAAAAUCAUUUGGCUGCAGCUGCUCUUCAAUAAUCAUCUGCUUAAUAUCUCUCUUGCACAGAUUGGCAGAUAUUGGCGAGGAACCUGAUCUACUCUGUUAAUUCGUGAAUGCUUAACUUGAAGAGUCGAUACGCAUCACAAACCGUCGAUUAGGUUUCACUCAUUAUAUUCUCUCUAAGCCCUGUAUUAGCUCCACUGUAUGAUGUCAGCCAAUGACAUAAACGCCACAGCUGUCUCCUGGAACUGGGCUUAUGAAAACUGAUCAUAUUACUGCCAAAUAUUACAGAGUUUGACCUUAGCAUGCACCCCGCUUAGAGAAGCCUAUCUAUAAAGGCUAAAUUUACUCAGAUAGAGCCAAGAACGCUUUGCUGGGUCUGUCUGGUGCAUGGACGUCCCCAUACGAGCAUUGAUGGUCAAACUGUGUACAAUUUAAAAUACAAAUCAAAUGGGAGGCUUGAAAAAAUGUUAUUUGCAAUUUCAUAGUGCUGUAGACUUUAACUGUUGACACAAACUGAAAGCUUUUAGUUAAGCGAUUCAAAAAAUACACGAUUUAUUCAAAAUUAUGGGAUUGUUUAGAUUUCAUGCCGAACACACCUCUGACCUAGCUAGUUCUGCUAAAAAGGGAGUCUACACUCGUGAUUGAAAAUAGGUGGUCAAACUCUUUUCACCGUAUGUUUAUUUUUUGCUGCAAGUUUGACCCGAUUUUCACUACAAAAUAAAAAAAACACUUUCUAAUUUGGUUUGGUACUUUACUGUCCGUCUUGUGUUUACAGAUGACUCAGGCUCUCAUAAAAAAGGAACUGCGGCAGCUGAUGGAUCAGAGUCUGACCUGGGCACCGAUGGAUUGUUAGAAAAAUUUGGUAAGAGCCCCCAAUACGAUGACAUAUUACAGGAACAUACAUGUGGUUCUUACAUACUGAUAUACUGAUAAAUGAAUCCUCUUUUCCUGUCACAGUGCGUCCCCGCUUCACCCACCCCGCUAAGAUGAGAAAAAGAGUGAUCGCUCGUCCUGUCGGCAGCUCGGUGCGUUUAAAGUGCAUGGCCAGUGGAAACCCACGACCGGACAUUGUAUGGCUGAAGGACGACCGGCAGCUCACCGAGCGGGAGGUUGGCGAGGGUCGUCAGAAGAAGUGGACUCUAAGUCUGAGGAACCUUACGCCAGAGCAGAGUGGCAGAUACACCUGCAGAGUCUCUAAUCGAGCAGGGGAAAUCAAUGCUACAUACAAAGUUGAGGUUAUACGUAAGUAUCCCACAGAGAGGCUGAGCUAUACACAUACCAGACAUAUUCACCUGGAAGUAUUACUGUUAACAGAUGAGGCAAGGCUCAUUAAUUUAACUGAUUACUGCUGUUUUUUUUUAAUCAUUUUUGUGAUCUUUUGUACAUUGCUGCAGGAAAUAGCCUAGGUAGAGCCGUAACUUGAAAAACAACAACAAAAAAAAACAGUUUUCUCUCUGAUCUACCUACCCCUGCUGUCUGAUUGCGAUCAGCAGGUCUUAUUCAUAUCCUCACUGCAUGGAUGAAUGUGCAUGUGUAAUCAUGUAUAUGAGAAGCAUAUUGAGGAAGCAGGCUUGAGAGCUAGGGCUUGUGCCCUAGUGUUUGCACAGGGGGGAGAGAGGGAGAGAGGCUGUUUAACUCCGAGACCCUCCACCCAAUCUGGAGCUGAUUAAAGCCCAGCUGUCUGCCAGACCCACUGCCCCCCUCUCCCAUGAGAAAUGUGUUCUGUACAACCAGGAGCAAAGAAAGAGAGGAAACUAAUCACACAUACUUCUUGUGUUACAUGUGGUAUUCCUCCAUCUUUGUCAAUUACAGGUUCUAAGCCAGAGGCUAAUAAUGCCAUGGACAGCUAAGGCCUCUUCUGUCCACAGAAGAGCUCUCACAUCAAAAGAUGUCUGUGUGUGUGUCUUGACAGCUUUUUUUGUGUGUGCACAGAGCGAACAAACUCCAAGCCAGUUCUGACGGGCACUCACCCGGUCAACACGACAGUGGACUUUGGAGGCACCACGUCAUUCCAGUGCAAAGUCAGAAGCGAUGUAAAACCGGUCAUUCAGUGGCUCAAACGCGUUGAGUCUAAUGAAGAGAGUCGCUACAACUCCACUAUCGAGGUGGGGGACCACAGAUUCGUGGUGCUGCCCACGGGGGAGGUGUGGUCGCGACCCGACGGCUCCUACCUCAACAAGCUGCUCAUUACCCGCGCCAAGGAAGAUGACGCCGGCAUGUACAUCUGCUUAGGCGCCAACACGAUGGGCUACAGCUUCCGCAGCGCCUUCCUUACUGUGCUGCCAGGUGAGGCCAGGGGGAAUGUCUGUGAACACUUUACUCAGCAGGUGGUGCUGCAAAUGUACUGCAACACAUAAGCAGCUUGAUCUGAGAUAUCAGGCUGUAUGUUUUAAAAAGCUGUUUGUGUUUCGAGGUCUCCCUUUAGUCAAGUUAAAAUCAAGGGACUAAUGUUAAAGACAUGAUUGACAAUCUGAGAAGCAGUUGAAAAAAACUGAGCUGUUGAGGCAAAUGUGAAAAAAGUGUCCCACCCUCCACACACAAACUUCUCCCCUCUGUGCUCCACGAUAACCCCCCCCACCCCCCACCCCCCACGCUAGCUUUAAAUAGGGUUCACCAUGUCGGAUUGCUAGUAACUAGCGGCAGUAAACGCCAGCUCUGCUAGCGAGCACCGUCUGCAGCUGCCUGAACAGCCACUGUGUUGACAUUGCAGAGACUAAUAAGAGUUAUUUAUAUAACGUGCCUCGAUAAAAGGCAAAAAUUACCUGUUUAAUACAAACUGCUGUCUUGGCGUCUGUUUUCAGGCCCCAAAUCCUGGUGGAGCUUUCUCCACCGCUCGAAGGAUGACCCGAUGUUUAUUUGAGUUAGAUUCCUUGCUUGGUCACAUUUCUUCUUCACCUCUGCCCUUUCUUCUGUCAGCUUGCGUUUCCUUUGCAUUUUUGGCGGUGGGGCAAGCAGAAGUGUUUUUUUGCGUCCCUCUCCAUCACAGCUCCUGUCGCUAAGCUGCUACGCUACUUUUAGCCGCUCAGAGCUCCGAGGAGGGCCGGGAGAGUGGGAGGGGAUGAGUCGGGACUACGGGAGAGGGGUGUAUUGAAGACAGUGAGGGGAUUCAAUGGAGAGGCUGAGCAGGGGAUUGACCAAUAGGAGCUGUCUGGGACAGAUGGCUCCUAUUGGUCAGUGUUUUUGCAGCCCUGCACCUUCUCGGGUGAGCGGGUUUUUUCCAUUCUUUUUUUUCUUCACUUUGUGGAGAUCGCACUAUAAGACCAUGAUUGCCAUAUAAACAAGGUUCAUAGUAAUUUCCAAUUUCUCCAAUCGUCAACCAUGCCUUUAAACUGAAAUAAAAGUGGGAGUACUUUUCAGUGAAAAAUGACAAAAAGAGACAACACAGCUAUGAUAAAUGUUCUGUCCUCACCUGUUUUAUUUUAAUUUCCAUGUGUUUUGAACUUUUUUGCCAACAAUAAACAUAAACCCAUGAAAAUUUAAUCUGUCAUCUAUUGGUGGUUUAACUUUUUUCCGUUCAGGACUCAAAAGUAUUUAGUUUAGCUGAAACUAAAAAAAGGUCCACUUGCUCACCCAUUGCACUUGUGAUCCUUAGAUUGUUUUGAGUUAACUGAUAUUUCCUGUAUCAGAAAGAGAUGUCAGCUGUUAUUUGUUCAAAUAUUCUGGUGUUUUAUCAUCCAAUCGUUCUAUGUUAAAUGGGCAAACAAAAUGAGAUUAUUAAAAGAUUAAUUGUCAAUAAAAAUGAUGUCUGUCUUAGCUUCAAGCACUUCACCUGUUCAUGAACAAACUUGGCAUAGUUUAAAAGUUGUAAACAUGUUUUGAUUCUUUUUUUUGGCCCUCUUCCUUUGCAGACACAAAGCCUCCCAUCACACCAAUGUUCUCUCCAGCUUCCAGCUCCCUCCCCUGGCCUGUCAUCAUCGGCAUCCCCGCAGGGAUCGUCUUCAUCUUUGGCACAGUGCUGUUGUGGUUCUGCCAGAGCCGAAAACAUUGCCCCCCUCCCAGCCCUCCUUCAGCUGCUGCCACACAGGUACUGCACAGUCCUCACCGGCUGCCGUAUCGAGAGCGGGAUAGGGGCUGUGUGGCUCCUUCCUCCAGCUCCUCCAGCCCAGAGAAAGACUGCAUGAGCUCCAUGAACUACGAGGAGUACCUGGCACAACAGCAGCUUCUCCUCAGCCAGGGAGGACCAACAAUCCCCCCUAAAAUCUACCCCAAAAUCUACACAGACAUUCACACGCACACUCACUCCCACGUGGAUGGGAAAGUACAUCAGCAUCAACACAUUCAUUUUCAGUGUUAG